CCCGCCCCGCUGCCGUGUAAAAAGACCGGUGGCGAGUCCGCAAACGAGCGCACCCCGUGAUCACACUGACUGACUGUCCGUGAAUGAGAUAAACAAAGAACCGGUGACUUUUCGGGAAAACAGACGCCGCUCUUCAAGCUCCGCGGGAACAUGGAAACUGGAUUGAGUCAAGACAAGUUGGCCAUUUUCAUUAAGCGGCUGCGGGCAGAGCCACGGUAUUUGUUGGCCCAGAAUGUAUCGACCUGCAUCGACCCACUGGAAGUUUGUCUGCACCGGCAGACUGUCCAGGAUACUGUGCACAUCUUCCAGCACUCAAUCCCCACAGAGGGCAAGCCCAUCACCAACCAGAAAAACUCAGGGCGAUGUUGGAUCUUCUCGUGCCUGAAUGUGAUGCGACUUCCCUUCAUGAAGAAGUUCAACAUAGAGGAGUUUGAAUUUAGUCAGUCCUAUCUCUUUUUCUGGGACAAGGUGGAGCGUUGCUACUACUUCCUUCAGGCGUGUGUGGAGACGGCACAGAGGAAGGAGCCAGUGGACGGGCGUCUGGUUCAGUUCCUGCUUUCCAAUCCAACAAAUGACGGAGGACAGUGGGAUAUGCUGGUUAACCUUAUUGAAAAAUAUGGCGUCAUUCCAAAGAAAUGCUUUCCAGAGUCACACAGCUCAGAGGCCUCACGUAGAAUGAAUGACAUCCUCAAUCAUAAGCUGAGAGAAUAUUGCCUUAGACUAAGGAACAUGGUGGCCAGUGAGGCCACUAAAGCUGAACUGUCUGAAGCAAUGGACACCAUGAUAGAGGAGGUUUUCCGGGUGGCCAGCGUCUGUCUAGGCAGCCCUCCUGAAACCAUCUGCUGGGAGUACAGGGACAAGGACAAGAACUUCCAUCGCAUGGGACCCAUCACUCCCCAGGAGUUCUACAGGCAGCAUGUCAAACCCUUGUACAACAUUCAGGACAAAGUCUGCCUUGUGAAUGACCCUCGACCUCAGAAUCCUUACGGGAAGCUUUACAGUGUUGAGUUCUUAGGUAACAUGGUUGGAGGCCGCAGCACUCUGUACAACAACCAGCCUAUCCAGCUGCUUAAAAAAGCCGCGGCAGAGUCCAUCAAAGAUGGAGAGGCGGUGUGGUUCGGCUGUGACGUUGGGAAACAUUUCCAUAGCAAGCUGGGCAUCAAUGACAUGAACGUGUUCAACCACGAGCUUGUGUUUGGAGUUUCGGUGAAGAACCUUUCUAAGGCAGAGCGGCUCAUAUACGGAGACUCUCUCAUGACUCAUGCUAUGAUCCUCACGGCUGUCACAGACAAGGAUGGGAAAGAAGGCUAUGAGAAGUGGAGGGUGGAGAACUCCUGGGGUGAUGACCGCGGGAACAAAGGUUACCUGAUCAUGACGGACGACUGGUUCUCUGAAUACGUGUACGAGGUGGUUGUAGACAAGAGGUUCCUCCCAGAGGAUGUCCUGGAAGUGAUGCAACAGGAGCCCGUUGUACUUCCUGCCUGGGAUCCAAUGGGAUCCUUGGCAUAACUAGAGAAAUCCAGGUUUUAGCCCCAGCCCCAGGUCUAUGUGACUCUGCCCUAUUCCUCAGCUGCUUUUAUCUCAAUACCCCCCCCAACACUUCCUAUCAAAUCAUCCUGUUCUUCUAGACAGAAUAAUAAAGAUUUUGUUUUUUUACUGGA